GGACGCUUGUUGUUGAAGUUAACACAUUUUAUAUUUUUGACUUCUUGUGUAGUUAUAGUAAAAAUACUACAGUACAAAUAAAUGGAUAGCUUGUCUUUUCAUUUUUCUGGUCUCAUUAAAGAUGUAUCGGUAAGAGUUGUAUCAUAUAAUAAGAAGAAAAGGGACCUCCUUACUCAGGCUCUUGAGUCUGAAGAUGUUAGUCAAAUUGCAGAAAAAUGUGAGUUAAUAAACCAUCAAGGAAGUGAAAUAGAUAUAAAGAGUGCUGUAGAUCAAGCUUUCAGAGAAUUAUUACAAGAGACUUUGGUUGAACAAGAUACUUCAGUCCUUGAAAAAGUUAUCAAAAUAUCCAUUGUAGCAGCAGAGAAAGAAUUAUGCUCUGGUAGCCUUCCUGUAAUGUUGAUUGGUGAUAUGUUUGACUGUUUGACUCUUGAUAAAUGUGAGGAGUUGUUUUACUUGCUUGAAGACAGAGUUGAUAUCUGGAAAAGGGAUUUAUUUGUCAAAAACUGUAAAAACCAAAUUCUAAGAUCAUGUAAUGAUCUCCUAAGAAGGCUAUCUCGUUCCCAAAACACAGUUUUUUGUGGAAGAAUAUUAGUGUUUUUGGCAAAAUUCUUUCCCUUAUCAGAACGUUCAGGUUUGAAUAUUGUCAGUGAAUUUAACCUUGAAAACAUAACAAUAUACAGUUCCAAGGAUGAUACUUCGUUAGCAGAUUUUAUUAAUGAAAAAGAUGAAAUGGAGGAGGGGGAAAUGGAUGAUACUUUGUGUCCUGUAAGUGUUGAUUACAACAUUUACCGAAAGUUUUGGUCACUGCAGGAAUUUUUCAGACAACCCAACUUGUGCUAUAAUAAAAUAAACUGGAAACACUUUGCUUCAUAUUCUGCAGAUGUUUUGUCAGCUUUUGGUAGCUUCAAACUAGAUGAUGUGCGUACAACAAAGUGGAAGCUAAAUGAAGCUACAGCUUCAACAUCUGGAAAAACAGUUUACUUUGCAAAAUAUCUUACAAAUCAAAAGUUGCUGGAACUAGAACUAAGUGACAUCAAUUUCAGACGUUAUAUAUUGAUACAGUUUCUUAUCCUAUUCCAUUACCUUCAGUCUCCUGUGAAAUUUAAACAAGAGUCCUUUGUGUUAACAGAUGAACAGCUAGUGUGGAUAAAAGAAACUACAGCCAGAAUAUAUAAGCUUUUAGAACAGACUUCUUCAGAUGGACUUGAUUUUUCCAAAAAUGUUGCGCAUAUCUUGAAGAGAGAGGAUUAUUGGAAUCAGUGGAAGAAUGAAGGAUGUCCCAAUUUUAACUUGCCUGUUAAACCUGAAAAAGAAAAGGAAGUUCAAAAACCAGCCAGAAAAAGAAAAGUUGGAGAUGAGAUCCGUGCAGCAGACAGUCAAGGAAAAAUCUUACUUGGAAAUGCCGAACUUAAUAGACUGUGGAACCUUUGUCCUGACAACUGGGAAGCUUGUCGUUCCAAGAAACGGGAUUUUGUACCUUCCUUGGAGAAGUAUUUUGAAGCUGCUAUUGAACAAACUGAUCCAGCAAAUCAGAUAGAAAAUCGUUUCAAACAUGUUUAUGAUGGUAAUUACGGUUGGCGAGCCUUGCGGCUACUAUCCCAGAAAAGUCCUCAUUUUUUUACUCACAGCAACCAGCCAAUCAAACGUUUACCAAUUUAUCUGGAGUCAAUGGUUCGAAAAAUAGCCAAAGAGCUACCACAGAGUCACCAGCAGCCUGGUCAGUCUACAUCAGAUGAAUCAAGAACAGAGGUGACGUCCAUGGCUGGAGAUGGUGGAGAAGACAGCGAUGAUGAGUUGUUGAAGAAUUCUGAAGAUGGAACAGUGAGAGAGGAAGCAAAAAAAGCUGAUAAGAACCAGGAGCUUGUAACCAAAACCCAGUUAACUAACAUAGCAGAGAAACUGAAAGCUGACUGGAAGGUCUUAGCCCCUGCUCUAGGAUUUGAAGAAGAUGAAAUACAGUACUUCCAGGAUGAAAAUCCUGAUGUUGUGAAACAAGCUAGUCAAAUGCUCCUCAUCUGGAUGGAAGAGGAACCAGAGGAAAGCACAGUGACCAUCCUUAAGAGGAAGCUUGACAGUGUAGGACUUGGUCGAAUAGGAAAUAUUCUGUCUGUAUCUCAGUAAUGUUUACUCUUCUUGUACAGUGAAAGUGUGUGUGUGUGUAUGAUUACAUCUUUUCCAUGACCUCAGUAUAUAUGAAUCAUUAAAGCUAUGUAUAUUUUAAUGAAAAA